AUGAGGAUGUAUAGAAAGAGCUUUCGUGCUUCCUACUUAUUAGGGGCUGUUAAAAUAAAAGAUGGCUUGUUUCUAGGUGAUGAAUUUUCAGUUCGAGAUUUUGAGUUUUUAGAUGUAAACAAAAUAACCCGUGUGAUUAAUUGCUCUGGUAAAUAAAUAGCCAAUAGAAACAAUAAAGCCAUUAAGUUCCUUACAUUUAAUUGGGUAGAAACAGAUAAAUAAGUUUUAUUUGAUGCUGAGGGUAAUAAUUUGAAGUCAAUUAGAGAAUUUAUUAAUGAGGGAGAAACAAAUGGAGAAGGUAUUUUGAUUCAUUCAGUUAAGGGGAUUAAUAGAAGCGUAUGUGCUUUAAUAGCUUAUUUUAUGGCAGAGUAUAAAUGGUCUCUUGCUAAAUGUUUAGAAUAUGUAACUAUUAGAAGACCUGGCUUAAAAAUUUAAUAGAGUUUUAUGGCUCAAUUACAAAGUCUUGAAAUAAAGCUAAAAGAAUCUUUAGAAGGAGCUUCUUCUGAAGACUGGAAUGAAAAAUAAUACAUAAAUGAUUCUGAAUAGCUUGUUAAAAACACAUAUCUUAAUUCAAAAACAACAGUAACGUCCUAAGCAAUUAAAAGAAAAAUAUUCAAUCUCAACUAAAUGAAAAAGGAAAGCUUGAAAUUACGCUGGGCAGAUCAUUAACCUGGUGGCAAGUUAAUUUAAUAUUUUGGAUAAGCUGCUCGUAAGAAUUUUAAAAUAUCAACCUAUAACUAUUAAACUUCUCAUAAAGCUGGCUCAAAAGGAUUAGCUGGAGUAAAUUAUAAUUUCCAGUAAGCUAAUUAGUAGCAAAAUGCAAAGGAUAAAGUUUAAGAGAGCUAAAGUGAUAAUAAUUCUGUGGUGAACAAUGAAAAAAAUAUUGUUAAAAAAACCUACAUCAUAUCAAUUUUAAAAGGAUCAAAGAAGUGCUUUGACAGAGUAUCAGGAACAACACUCUCAAAUAAUGAGGAUUCAGAAAAUUAAUAUAAAUUAAAGGCAGAAUUUAGACCAAGCUCUAUAAGAAUUUCAGGAGAAGAUAAUCCUAAUCAGUCAAAUUUGAAUAGCUUUUUACAAGAUAUUACGAACAAUCCUGAAGAAAUAUCUGAAAUGACUCAAAGUCUUUCACCUCAAAAAAUAAGCAGAGCUGAAUAAAAUAAAAGAAUUUUUGAAACUAAUCCUAUGAGUUUAAGUGAUUAAUUUAACAAACCACACUCAAUUUAGUAACAAUAACCCCUAGCUAUAAAGAAUAUUUUUAAAUUGCAAUAAAAUUAAAUAAAAAACUCUGCUUAGAUCAAAGAUUCUAAUGAGUAGAUUAACUUAAAAAAUAUUUCCAAUAAUUUUUAAAAUCCCAAAAAUACUCUAGCAAAUGCUUAUUUAAAUUUUUAAUCUUCGAACUAAGCUGCUACUGCUGUUAACAAUUAAAAUAACUCCUCUCCAACUAGAAUAACUAAAAUGCUUAAUGGAUCAAUUAGAAUUUCUAAUUUAAUCACUGAAAAUAGUCCUGAAGGUUAAUAUGAUGUUCCAGAAGAGAAUGUAUCAAUUAAUAUGUCUAGUGGAGCUAAAUAGGAACCAACUAUUUCAAAUUUUUCCUAACAAUACAACCGUACUUACAAUUUUAAAAGAUAAAGCCAAGAACGACUAGGAGCAGAAAACGCUGAUUAAAUAAGUGUAAAUCAAGAUACUUAAAACAAAAGUUCAUAAGAAAUCCAAUAGAAGGAGAAUGCUAUGUUAAUAGAUAAUUUGUAAGCUAAGACUGAAGUAAUGUAAUCUGAAUUAUUAACAUCUAUAUAGCUAGAUUAAAGCAAAGCAAAUCAAAAUUUGACACAAAAUGCAUAAUCAAAUACAAUUAAUCAAUAAAAUUCAAGCACAGCUCCUUAAGGAAAGACUUUGAUUUCCCUCAAAUUAGUUUCUUUCCCUAAAAAUCAGGCCAUUUAGUUCUCAGAUGGGUCUCUGAGACCAAAUACUGCUACUAAUUUAAUGGGACCAGUAAGCAUCAAUAUUAACAACAACCCAGAAUAAGCGGAAGAUCCAAAAUUUAGCAGCCAAAGAAUAAGUGAUUACCAAUUAGGAUCAAACAAUAAUGGAAUGAAUGCUUUUAAAAUAGCUGCAAAUAAUGUCGAAUCAAGUAGAAUGGUAUAUGGAAAUAGAGCUCGCCCUUCCUCUAUGGAUCAAUAAAACAGAAUAUUUAAAUAGUUAAAUAAAAAACAGAUAACAAAUAAGACAAGUACAAGCAUUAACUCUUCACAAAAUAGUAUACUGUCAAAGUAGAAAGGAAUUCAAAAUAAUAACAAUAACUUAAUAUCAAUCAAUGCUUCAAGCAUUAACAACUACUUUAAUAAUAAUAACAGUAACCUAGUGAAAUAAUCUUAAUUUUAAUAUAAAUAAGCAGUUUAGGCUUACAUAAAUUCAAAUACAAUUAACUAACAGGUAGUAAAUAGUAAUAUGGGAGAUAAUAAUCUAUUCAAAAAAAGAAUUAAAUGA